AUGGACAGACAAUUCAGCUACUUGGACUUUGCGCGUGUUGUGGGCUUGCCCUGCCUUAGUGAUAGUAACUUGCCUACUAUCGGGCAACCCAUCCCCAACGUUUCUUCUGGGGUUUCCUUUGGCGUUGGCUGUGAAGCCAUCACCCAAGCAUUGCUUGCGGCUGGUGUUGUUGCUCCUCCUGUUGCCUCGGUUGCUCCUCCUGCGGCCUCUGCUGCACGUCCUGUUGCCUCGGUUGCUGCUCCUGUUGCCUCGGUUGCUGCUCCUGUUGCCUCUGGUGCUCCCCCUGUGGCCUCUGGUGGACCUCCUGUGUCCUCUGCGACUUUUCCUGCGGCCUCUGCUGCUUUUUCUGUGUCCUCUGCUGCUCCGCCUGUGGCCUCUGUUGGUCUUCCUGUGGCUUCUUUGGCUACUCCGGCGCCCUGUGUGGCUUCUCCUGGGGUCUCUGUUGUUGCUCCUCUUGUUUCUGUUGCUCCUUCUGCGGCUGUUGUUGCUGUUUCUGCGCCCUCUGUUGCCCCUCUUGAGGUGCCUACUUUGGAGUCUGGCGUCUCGUGGAGUUCGUUUGCUCCUUCCGUGACUGGUCCCUUUGUCUUCGGUUCUUCCGUCUUUUCGUCUUUGCCUGCUUUUAGCCCUUCUGGUGUUAAGCCAUUGGUUGGUGCCUCUUCGGUUGGCAUAUCCGCCCAACCUGCGCUUCCAGUUGUUUGCUCGACUGCUUGCUCCCUUCCUGUUUCUUCUGCUGGCGAGUCCUUCUUCGCCAAAUUAGCUGCGGAUGAAGAUGAAUAUUUGGACUCGCUAGCAGAAGAAAUUGAUAAACUUCUUGAUCGAGAUUUCGAUUUUUAA